CCUCGGGGUGCGGGGGCCGCUCCCUGCACCGAGUCUUGUGUUUGACGGCGGAUAGGACGAAAGGCUAUACUUAAGGGUGGAGGAAGCACUGAAUAAUUAUCUUUAUUCGGGGGAAAGGAUCAGAAGUGCAGAAGCAUACCCCUUUAUUCCGUCGUCCACCGCUUCCUUGCCCUCCGUAAGAAAAGGGAAUUAUCUUGACUUGUGUGGGUUACUUACCUUGUGUACAGCGACGAAACCACCCAUUUUCUCAGCUGGGCUUCUGGGACACGCUGCAUCUGUUUCCCAGUUCAGCUCCUUAUGGAACUAGAACUUACCCUUCCCGAGCAAAGCAGGACUUAAGAGUACUUUCUGCCUCCUUGGGCUCAGUUACCUGCAGGAGCUAGUUCCUCCUGUGAAUGCAGAUUGAGGUGUUACUUGCAGUCCCGGGACAGCUCUCCGGCUUUAUAAAGGAUGGAUAGAAUGACAGAAGAUGCUCUUCGCCUGAAUCUUUUGAAGAGAAGUUUGGACCCAGCAGAUGAGCGAGAUGAUGUCCUGGCAAAACGACUCAAAAUGGAGGGUCAUGAGGCCAUGGAACGUCUGAAAAUGUUGGCACUUCUCAAAAGGAAAGAUUUGGCAAAUCUUGAGGUGCCCCAUGAGUUACCUAGUAAACAAGAUGGGAGUGGUGUCAAGGGUUAUGAAGAGAAACUCAAUGGAAAUCUCAGGCCUCAUGGAGACAAUAGGACUGCUGGAAGGCCAGGCAAAGAAAACAUCAAUGACGAGCCUGUGGAUAUGAGUGCAAGACGGAGUGAGCCAGACCGAGGAAGGCUAACUCCUUCCCCAGACAUAAUUGUUUUGUCUGAUAAUGAGGCUUCCAGUCCCCGGUCCAGCUCCCGGAUGGAAGAGAGACUCAAAGCAGCCAACCUAGAGAUGUUUAAGGGGAAAGGCAUUGAGGAACGGCAGCAGCUUAUCAAGCAACUGAGAGAUGAGCUACGACUGGAGGAAGCUCGUCUGGUGCUGUUAAAGAAAUUGAGACAGAGUCAGCUGCAGAAAGAGAAUGUGGUCCAAAAGACUCCAGUUGUACAGAACGCAGCAUCUAUUGUUCAGCCAUCUUCUGCACAUGUGGGACAGCAAGGCUUAUCUAAGCUUCCCUCCCGGCCUGGGGCUCAAGGGAUUGAACCUCAGAAUUUGAGAACAUUACAGGGUCACAGUGUCAUCCGUUCAGCAACCAACACAACCCUUCCACACAUGUUGAUGUCUCAACGUGUUAUUGCACCAAAUCCAGCCCAACUUCAGGGCCAACGGGGGCCACCGAAGCCUGGCAUAGUACGCACCACAACACCUAAUAUGAAUCCUGCAAUCAGUUACCAACCACAGUCAAGCUCUUCUGUUCCCUGUCAGCGCACAACGUCUUCUGCCAUCUAUAUGAACCUUGCCUCCCAUAUCCAGCCAGGGACUGUGAACAGAGUGUCCUCACCACUUCCUAGCCCCAGUGCCAUGAGCGAUGCUGCCAACUCACAGGCUGCCGCCAAAUUGGCUCUUCGAAAACAGCUGGAAAAGACGCUCCUGGAGAUACCACCUCCAAAACCUCCUGCUCCCUUACUUCACUUCCUGCCUAGUGCAGCCAAUAGCGAAUUUAUCUACAUGGUAGGCUUGGAAGAAGUCGUACAGAGUGUCAUUGACAGCCAAGGCAAAAACUGUGCCUCACUGUUGAGGGUCGAACCCUUUGUCUGUGCCCAGUGCCGCACAGAUUUCACCCCUCACUGGAAGCAAGAAAAGAAUGGUAAGAUCCUCUGUGAGCAGUGUAUGACCUCCAACCAGAAAAAAGCUCUAAAAGCUGAGCACACCAACCGGCUGAAAAACGCUUUUGUUAAAGCCCUGCAGCAGGAACAGGAAAUUGAACAGCGAUUACAGCAGCAGGCAGCACUCUCCCCUACUACAGCUCCAGCUGUCUCCAGUGUCAGUAAACAGGAGACCAUCAUGAGACAUCAUACGCUUCGGCAGGCUCCACAGCCCCAGAGCAGCCUCCAGCGUGGUAUACCCACAUCUGCCCGCUCCAUGCUUUCAAACUUCGCACAGGCACCCCAGUUGUCUGUGCCAGGAGGCCUCCUUGGUAUGCCAGGUGUCAACAUUGCAUACUUGAACACUGGCAUUGGAGGACAUAAAGCCCCAAGUUUGGCAGAUCGACAGCGUGAAUACCUUUUAGACAUGAUCCCUCCCAGGUCUAUAUCGCAGUCCAUCAGUGGGCAGAAAUAACGCCUGUUCCACUUGUGCUGCCCACCCUUGAAUCCUUUACCCACUUCUCCCAUUGCCCCCAACUUCCGUCGCAUGCAGUGCCUGUACUGGUGCCUACCAUACACGGAAAGCAAAACUGAAAAAAACAGAAGACGAAAUAGACAUCAACAAGAAAACACACGCCCCCACCCUGCCACCUCCCCUUUAUUUCAUACUGCUGCGAUCUGUUUUCCUGCUGCUCUGUCUUCUCUCUUCAAUUUCCUUUAACAGUGAGGUGGAUCUUUGCCUCUGAUAGAGGUCAGAAUGAGGUCCUGGGGAGAAUUUAAGCCCUUUGAUGUGUGUUUCUAAAGUUUGUUUUAUGCUGUAAUUAUUAUCAUUUUUAAUUAUAUUGUGUGUCUUCCCUUUGUUCUGUGGACGGUUAACCCCCCCCCCAUCUUCUGAUUUCUUUCCUACCUCCCUCUGCUAAUCCUCCCUCUUUUUUAAAUAUAUGUAUGUGUAUAUAUAUAUGCGCAUAUAUAUACAUAUAUAUAUGAUAUACAGUUCAGUGAUCGCAUGCAGAUUGCAGUGGAUCCUCAGCUGCCAAGUAGGAAAUAACUGAGAAUGUUAGGGACAGAGAUUUUGAAUGCACUUAACCUUGAGUUGUGGAGUGGAUAUCAUCAAGUAAGUAGGAAUAGCAUCCCAGCUAUGGUUGGUCAGGGUCUGGACAGUUUGGGAGGCAAUAUUUUAGUAAUGAAGUUGAAUUCUUUAAGAAUGAGUAAAAGCCUGGAGGGAGAAACUUAAAAAAACUACCUGUAGUUUAACCACAGGAGACAGGGGAAAAGGUGUGAUGUAAGUUUAAUAGUGUCCCAAAAAGGACUGUGACCAGGUCCUGGCCUUCUAGUUGCUGGGGAUGUAAAAUUGGUCUCCUGACUCCAGUGAGGACACAAAAGUCUGUUCCAGGCCAACCAUCUUGACAUUGUUUAUCUUACUUUCUUUGUAAAAUUGUCUCCCAUUACAUAUCAUACCUUUACAAAUGUUAAUCUUCUUUCUCACGUAAUCCCAGAGGAAUGGCUGCUUCCAGGCUGCAGGUGGCUGGGUAUCCUAGAAGUUGGAGUGGGUAUAAGUGAAUCACAUGAAAGGAGAAACUAGACAUAGAAGAAGAAGAGGUUUCUCAGGAGUCGAGAUCCCUGCAUUUUUCUCUCCCUGUACCCUCUGAGUGCUAAGAGAUAUGGGUGUAGGCCCCUGAUGAGGUUUGUCCCACUCUGACUCUGCCACACUGGCUGUAGAUCCAACUCCUCAGAGCCAAGCAGCUUUUCAAACCAGCUUUGGACCUCAGCUAUACAAGUAUUGUCUUCCCCCAAGCUCCUCUCCCCCAGAUUUUAUUCAUUUUGCCAUUUUGUUUUAUUCUUUUUCUUAGGAGCUACUAAUGUAGAAACUGAAUUGAAUUGUGCAAUGUUGCUGUUCUGGGGUUAGGGAGAUUAGCAUCCUGUUUGCCCAUAUUGUGGCAAGGAGGAGGGGACCAAGCUGUUUUUGAGGUAAGGGAAGCCUGAAAAGGAAGGGUUUCUGCAUUCCUCAGAGUGGACAUGCACCCGCCUCUACAGCUCUAGAAGCCGACAGAGUGUACUGGGGACACUUUGAGCAAAGACGUGUGAGGAGUUGUGUAUUGUUUUGCCCUUGAUAACCACCUGAGGAAAUUCCCUCAUUCUUAUUUUUAAAAACUAAGUAAUUUUUUUAAAGUAAGAAGGCACUUUUAAAAUUAUACAUACACACAAACCACACCUUUCCCAUAAAAUUUGGGGGUAGGGUGGGAAAAGAAGCUAAAUCAAGCUCAAUUCCCCACUCUGGUCUCUUUUCCCAAUACUCCAGUGCCACUGUGGGUGAUUAUACUGGCCCUACGGGCCUUCCUGGCUUUUUUCUUUUCUCCCUUUCCCUCAGAUUCAUUGAGCACUUAAUAAAGGAGCAGAGAUGCAGCUGUGUCUGGGCUCCCCAAGUGGUGAAGUGACCUGGAAGCUAGAUGCUAGUAACAAGUAGUUUGAGAGGGUCAUUUCAAGUAUUUUUCUGGGGAAUGUGGUGCCCCUGACUGUAAGUGGUGGGGGAGGGAGGGGGGCUAAUGGAGCUGGGUCUGGGAUUAUUUUAAAAUUAUAUAUAUAUAUAUAAAUAAAUAAAGAUAUAUUCUUACAUCUUUUCUUUGCCCUCUGUGCUUUGAAAGCACUGGAUAAAUUGAUUUUGUUUUUCUCUUCCACAAAAUUGGAAGAUGUUUUCCUCCAUUUUUAAAAUGUUUUUCUUACCAGUCAUCUUGCCUUGUGGCAUGUCUGUCUAACCUCUCCCUAUCCCGUGAUGAAGUGCCAUUUCUGUUAAGUCUCCCUGACCCCCAACUCAGAGGUGCUCAGAGGUACAAGGUGCCCAAGUUUGUCAGUUGAGAUUAAAAGGAACAGAGAAUGUGCAAUACCGUCCAACUGGGGCUUGUCCCUGCCCUGAGCUAGGUCUUCUCCCUGGGAGCCAGGCCACUUUAAAUAGGGUUUAGAAGGAAGAUUUAUAGAAAUGGGGAAUGGUGGGGAAGGAGAGCCCAUAGUCAGUGCCUGUUUAGGUGCUGAGGCCAUAGGGAAGGGGUAGAAUUUUCCCUGUCUUUAUCCCUUCAGGGUUAAUUACAUAGAAGCUGCUUAAAGUACUAGUAUAGCUCUGUGGCCCAUUGCUCAGUCGCUGAGGUUUGAUUUCUCAUCCUCUCUUUCCCCAUUGUCUUACUCUUCCCAGGAAUUAGUGAGGGGGUGAAAUCUUUCUUAAUCAUGGUAAAGUAUUAGCCUUCAUCUCCUCCCUUAGCUCCUGCCCCUGUUCCCCUUUCUUCAAGCCUCUAUAUUUUACAUGACUGAUUGCCUUGUUUCCUUCCAAACCUUCUUUUCAACUCUCCUCAGGCCAUGGGCCCCUUUAGACACUAACCCUCAUGCCCUAAGGACCACAGUUGAGUGGUCCCUUACCAAUGGACUUGGACUCUCAGGUGUCAGUAGAGUGGAGAUCUAACCAGGACAGUCUGGCUUCCUCUAGACCCUGGGGCACUAACAAGCAGUCACUCAUGGAUUGUGUCUUACUCCACAGAAACCUGAGAUGGGUAGAUUAGUGGCAAGGCUGGGGUAAAAUUAGGAGACAGCGGUCCUUAUUUGUCAGUUUUAUUUUGUCACUUCACCACAGCAUCUGAACUCCCUCCAUUGCUGAAUAAGUAUUUUUCCUGCAUUUUGGGAUAUAUGUAUGGUAGACAUUUCUUUUUAAAGACACCACGAUAAAUGUUUUCCUGCCUUGGUUACCUUUCCUUGCCCCUUUAAAAGGAAUUAGCUAUAGAACUGCUUUGUAAAGAUGCUUCUUGAUAUUUUACUUUUGUUCCUUUUUCCCAAACCAUUCCUAUUUCUCCCUUUUUUCUAGAAGGCAUAACCCUUCUCUCCACAGCCCUACCCUACUUACCCUAGGCUCCCUUUUCAUCAAGGUCUUCAUUAGCUUAUGAUAUUUGCUGCCGAGAUGUUAUAACAAGGACUCAUUCAUGUAUAUAAGCUAUUUCUUGAUCCAUUUAAAAGGAAUUGUACAUUGUGUAGAAAAAAAAAAAAAACCUGAAAAAGAGGGAAAAAAAAAAGCCCUAGCCAUGGAUAUUGUGAAACUGUGUUAUGUCAUUUUGUAAUGUGCCCGUUUGUGUAUGAUCCGUGCAAAAGGGUUUCUGGGGAAGGGGAGGGUGGAGGGAGGCAGUGCUGUGGAGGUGGGGAGGAGUGGGCCGGGCCCAGCACACUGAGACUGGCAGCUGCUCCAACCUCAUCCUUCCUUAAAGAUGCCACCUCCCCCACCACCCACCCCUAAUUUGUGCCUUGCCCUCCCCACCCUGGAGUAAUCCCUCCAGGUCACCAGCACUGCCUUGGCAGAGCCCACUCCCUACCCUAACCUGCCCACCCUUCCUAACCCCCAGCAUUAGGUUGAUACUGUGGGGAAGUGCUGGAGGUUGGGAGGUAGCCGAGGAAUGGGCAGUUCCUGGGGGCAUCGAAACCAAGUAUUAUUAUGAAUUGUAAUUGUAUUUGCACUGUUUUCCCCCUCUGAUUGCAUCAGCAUAUAUACAAUAUACCUAUAUAACAAAAUCCAGUGUCAAAGCUUUCUUAUGCAAGGGAUUUCCCCCGCCCUUCAGAAAAAGAACCUCAUGGACCUCUGAAAGGGUAGAUUGUCAGGAGAUGAUAGUAGUAGAAAAAAGGAUUUUAAUUGUCCUGAGGGUGUUCUGCCCGAACCAUUCCAGGCUGUGUGACUGAGGUGAGGCUGGCUCCUGUGGAUUACAGGGCUCUAGGUUCGGGAUUGUACCUAGAUUCAGGAGUAAGAAUCCAGAACACAGGAAGACACAGUGUGGAUACCUAGGGCCUAUUGACUUGCUGUGUAAUCGUUGGUGGAGCUCGGUGUCUUCAGCCAGUGAAGGGAGGGAGGAAACCACUGGCCUCCACACUUAAAAUUCCACAAUUCUUUCCCCAUCUGCCAAAAAUCAAAAGGCAUCUUGAGGUGAGGGAAGUGCUGGCCUGGAAGACCAGGGAGAAAAUAAAGGUGAUGUUGUUAGUGUUACUUGUAUCACAGUGCUUUGAAAGUUGCCAGUCCCCUGCCUCGACACUGAUCUUGGAGAAGGUGGCAGUGAUGUGUAGGGUGUCGGGCCAGUGGCACCUUGGCCCUUUUGUUUCUAACCAUGUCAUGACAGGGACCAGGCUCCAAGCCUUGCCUCACCUCAAAAUCGCAGUCCUUAGGGUGUUUAACCAGUGAGCGUCCCCAGGUUGGUAAAGUAGUUGCUGUCUUUGUGAGCAUAGGAUGUGGCAUUUCCCUCAUCUUAGUGACAAGAAGAGCUAGAUGUAGCCCAUAUCUUUCUUUCCCUCAGAUCUCAUCUGACACCCCAUAGGCAACUGUUUCACAGUCUGUCUCCUUCAGAGGCCCAACUUAUUCCCCCGUUUCCUGGGAUGAGUAUUUCUACUCUCUUAAGUUAUUGAUGCUAAAGACUGGAGAAAACAUAGGUUGAUGGGUGAGGCCUUGGUGAAGGUGGAGGAUAGAUUGGAAUGGGUGGUGGGGAACAGGGAGGUGGGAUGGGCAAUGGCCUUCCUUCCCUUAAUAGGGUGGGUGGGAGGGGAACAAGACCCUUUUGCACAACUCUGUUUUAAGUUUCCUUUUUUCUUUCUUUCUUUUUUUUUUUUUAACUCAUUCUAAUUUUCUGCAUUGUGUUUGGGAAAUAAAAUGAAAAAACAAACAAACAAAAAAAAAAAACUAAGACCAAUAGGUACUGGUUUUCAAAAGGUAAAUACACUCCCAUCUGUUUCAGAGGCUGCUGAGCAUUUCAGCAGCGAAGAUUCAAAUAAUAAGCUAAUUUUUGGAGAAAGGAUUAAAAGAAAAACUUUGUAAUAUUUAUCACUUGCAAGCUAUGUUUAAUAAAGAAAGGAAUGGUUUCUAA